AAUCGAAUGUUAACAGAAUGUUAGCGGCUUUUACAAUUUGUUAUGUGCGGUUAUGCGGAAUAUAAUUAUCAAAUAGUGCGCAAAAACAUUAAAUGUUUUCACUAAAAAGUGAAUGAAAUAGCUCCUCAACCCGCGACCGCUGGCGUGCCACAAAGAAGCACGUUAAUUAAUAUGAAAUUGCCGACGAAUUCCCGACUUUGGCGGCCUCUGCUGCUACUGCGCCGCCAAAGGUCGCAUGACGCAAAGGCGGCGGAGGCUCCAACACCCAGACCGGUUCCAACCAGUGCCCAGCUGGACGAACUGGAGCGAAAUGUGGUUGUGCGCCACCACAAGAACAACAUGCCACUGAUUCGCUCUCUCAUCCAGGAGGUGGAGGCUGGGGACCAGCACAAACUAAGUCAGCUGCAGGCGGAACUAGAACAGCUGCCCAAUGCAACGCAUCCGCGCCUGCAAGACUACGGCGAGGAACCGCGGGAACUGACGCAGUAUGUCCACCGGCAACUGCCACCACAGUCCAGCCUCAAGGAGUUCUCGGAAUUGGCCCGUGCUCUUAACCUCUACCGCAUGGAUCACUUGGGGAACUAUACGGGACACAAAAGCUACUACCUGACUGGCCAACUGGCAACUUUGGAGCAGGCCAUCAUACAAUAUGCACUUCAGGCGGUCACCGACCACGGUUUCAAACUGAUCUCCGUACCCGACAUACUACCCAAGGAGGUGAUCGAAUCUUGUGGCAUGCGCACUGAGGGUGAACGCACACAAGUCUACAAACUGGACACCGGCGAAUGCCUUUCGGGCACUUCGGAAAUGGCCCUGGCCGGAUUUUUUUCGAAUAAACUACUGUCGGAGGAGCAGCUGCCCAUGAAAGUGACCGCCGUGAGUCGAUGCUAUCGGGCGGAAACAUCGGGACUGCAGGAGGAGAAAGGCAUUUAUCGUGUGCACCAGUUCAACAAGGUGGAAAUGUUUGCCAUCUGCACAGAGGAGCAGUCGGAGGCCGAGCUAGAGGAGUUUAAGAAUAUUGAGGUGGAUCUGUUCCGGCGGCUGGGCCUCAACUUUCGGCUGCUGGACAUGCCGCCUUGCGAGCUGGGCGCUCCGGCGUACCAGAAGUACGACAUCGAAGCCUGGAUGCCAGGUCGCCAGAUGUGGGGAGAGAUCUCAAGUUGCAGCAACUGCACGGAUUAUCAAGCCAGGCGGCUGGGCAUCAGAUACCGCCGUUCCGUUGACGGGCAGAUCCUCCAUGCCCACACCAUCAACGGAACUGCGACGGCUAUUCCGCGUCUGCUGAUUGCCCUGCUGGAAUCUUAUCAGCGGGAAGAUGGCAUCGAGAUACCUGCCGUUCUGCGGCCAUUCAUGGACGACCAGGAGCUGAUCACGCGAAACAAACGGAUACCGGAGACGAAGCUGGUCAAAUUCAUCAAGGCCUAGGCUAAUUACAUUCUGUACCUUUGACUGUUAUCAUUAAACCAUUGUGCUUAUCAACGAAA